AUGGAAGAGGUGGAGGGUGUGAUGAAAGAGAGGAUGAAAGAGAAGGAGGGUGCGAUGAAAGAGAAGGAGGGUGUGAUGAAAGAGAAGGAGGGUGUGACGAAUGAAUUGGUGGUUGAGCUGAAAGAGAAGUACAACAGACUGGUACAGGAGCUAGCAGAAGUCAAAGCAGUCUAUGCUACCCGACCGUUGCUGGAACUCGCAUUGACUCGAUUUAUGGAAAGGAACCCAGAUUCGCCUACACAUUCGUGGACGGCUGUCAGUGAAUAUUUCUUGGACACAUGGAUUUUCGAUUCAACAACCAAUCUGCCACAGCAGAAAAAGCUCGUCAAGCUCAACAAGCACUUUCACUGGUCCAUCAAUGCGUACGAUGACAUCUUCCUGGACAUUCUGUGGCACACAUACGGCAAGUUUUCAGAGAAACACCACGGCUGUCGGGAGCUGGCAUUGGCUUCGUGA